UUCGGUGACAAUGAGGGUCUUGGUGGUCUUGGCGACUUUGCUGGCGGUGGCGUUUGCCACCGAUACCUUCAACGGACAUCAGGUGCUCAGAAUCAGGGCUGCCGAUGGAGCUCAGGUGGAGACGUUGAAGGAGCUGGAAGCUCUGGAGAAUCUUCAGCUGGAUUUCUGGCGAGCACCGGCUCAUCCCGACCUCCCCAUAGAUGUCCGCGUGCCCUUCCACAGCCUUCAAGGGGUCAAGGCCUUCCUGGAGACCAAUGACAUCCAAUACUCCAUCAUGAUCGGCAACCUUCAGAAACUGAUUGAGGAGGAGAGGAGUCAAAUGAUGCGCCAACGACAAGUCCAAGAGUUGUCACUCGCCAAUUUUAACUUCGCGGCUUACCACGACUUGGAUACAAUCUAUAGCUUCAUGGACCUUUUGGUGCGCACCAAACCCCUCCUGGUCAGCAAGAUUGAGAUUGGCCAGACAACCGAAGGACGCCCAAUCAAUGUCUUGAAGAUCUUUGAAGAAGUCGGGAAGGAUCCUUCUCUCACAUCCAUCAUGAACCAGUUCGAUAUCUUCUUAGAGAUCGUCACCAAUCCGGAUGGUUAUGCCUACACCCACGCCAAGAACCGUAUGUGGCGUAAGACCAGAUCGAAGAUAGCGGGAUCCACUUGCAUCGGAGUCGACCCCAACCGGAAUUGGGCAGCAGGCUUUGGAGGGACUGGCUCCAGCGGGAACCCCUGCUCCGAAACCUACCGCGGGCCUUAUGCGGAGUCUGAACCGGAGGUGAAAGCCAUUGCGGAUUUCGUGCGUCAACACGGCAACAUCAAGGCCUUCGUCUCCAUCCACAGUUACUCCCAGAUGCUCCUCUACCCUUACGGUUACACCACGGAGAAAGCGGCAGAUCACCAGGAGCUG